AUGCCACCCAGUCUGAGCCCUGUUCUCUCCUUCCUCGCAGGCUUUCGGGAGAGCGCCUUCGCCUACGCCAUUGCAGCCGCCGGCGUGGUGCAUGCCGUCUCCAACGCCUGCGCUCUUGGCAAGCUGCAGGCCUGCGGCUGCGACCAGAAGCGCCGGGGCGAUGAGGAGGCUUUUCGGCGCAAGCUGCAUCGUCUCCAGCUGGAGGCCAUGAACCGCGGCAAAGGCAUGGUGCACGGGGUGCACAUGGAGCACAUGCCGGCCGAGACCCCCGGCCUCCAGGACUCCUGGGAAUGGGGAGGGUGCAGCCCUGAUGUGGACUAUGGGGAGAAGUUUUCCAAGGAUUUUCUCGAUUCCCGGGAAACCUACAGGGACAUCCACUCCCGCAUGAGGCUGCACAACAACCGCGUGGGCCGGCAGGUGGUGAUGGACAACAUGAGGAGGAAGUGCAAAUGCCACGGCACCUCGGGGAGCUGCCAGCUGAAGACGUGCUGGCAGGUGACACCCGAGUUUCGCCUGGUGGGGUCCCUGCUCAAGGACCGCUUCUACGGGGCCACCCUCAUCCGACCCCACAACCGCAACGCUGGGCAGCUGGAGCCGGGCCACGCUCGCAUCGCCGCCGAAAUGGUUUACUUUGAGAAGUCGCCCGACUUCUGCGAGAGGGAACCGGCCCUGGACUCCUUGGGCACCCAAGGGCGCCUGUGCAACAAGACCAGCCCGGGCAUGGACAACUGCGAGAGCCUGUGCUGCGGCCGUGGGCACAACAUCCUGCGGCAGACCCGCAGCGAGCGCUGCAACUGCAAGUUCCACUGGUGCUGCUUUGUGGCCUGCGAGGAGUGUCGCAUCACUGAGUGGGUCAGCGUCUGCAAGUAG